UGCACGUGAAAACUGCGGAGUGUUUCAGUAAAUUUGUGGCUUGCUGAACAGCCAUAGUGUUUGUGAUUUACUAGUGUAAUAGUGUACGUCUUACGUCAUGUAAGUGAGUAGUGACGUGUAAUAUUUAGAUUGGUUUGCAAGUUUUUUUGGUGAAAUGGAUAAAUUCGUUAUCCGAUCAAAGAAAAACAGUUCUGAUUUUCAAUCAGUACCAGCUGUUACAGUAUCCCCGUGUAGUAACAGUGAAGAAAUAGUUGACGUUCACGAAGAUUUUAAUGAACCAGUACCAUCUGGGUUAACAGACCAAGUUUCAGAUAGCCUGAGUGAUGUAAUACCUUUGAGUCAAUCUCAUUGUGCUUGUGCUCGUGCUGUUGCAGAAGCUUCUGCAUCAAAAUCUAAACAAAAGCCUUAUGGACGGCGGUUCAUUCCGAAAUGGACAGAGACAUUUUCGUGGAUAGAAUACCGUAUAGAAACUUUGAAAGUUUACUGCAAAAUUUGUACUCAGGCUUCCAAAUUAGGGCUCCCAUUGCCUCGCGAAUCUAGAGAGAAGGAUGCAUUUCAAGCUUUUGUAGAAAAGGGAUUUGAUAGAUGGAAAGAUGCUAUCGAGAGAUUUAAAAUCCAUGAACGAUCUGCUCUUCACCUAGCCGCCGUUUCCGGCCUACUUGAUGCUGAAAAAACCCCAAUUUCUGCCACUUUCUCAAAUAUUCUUAAAAGGGAUAUGGAAGAUAACAGAAGUGCACUGAAGCGAAUCUUUUCGAGUAUACGAUACUUGUGCUUGCAAGGCUUAGCAAUUCGAGGCAAAACAGAAGAGACAUCUAAUCUUCGCCAACUACUUAUCGAGAGAUCUUUGGAUUAUCUUCCAUUGCAAAAAUGGUUGGAAAGGCCAGAAAAAUUCAAAUGGCUUUCACCCGAAAUUUGUAAUGAAAUCAUCACGGAUUUUUCUCUUGCAACCCAAAGGGACAUUGUUGCAACUUUGCAAAGUAGAGUUUACUUUGGUCUGAUGCUUGAUGAAUCGUCAGAUAUAUCAGCUAAGGAACAGGUUUCCAUAUGCUUUCGAACAGUCGAUGACGACUUUGAAAUCUAUGAAGAUUUUUUAGGAUUUUAUGAAACGGCCACAACCAAAAACGCGGAUCUCUUUAAUAUUGUGAUGGACACCCUGAAAAGGCUGAGGUUUCCAGGAAUACCAAUAUUGCCAACACCAUGUCUCUUGUGCAGAAUUUCAUUGCAUUUGCCAGAGGAUCUCCAAAGCGCUUAGCUUGGUUCCAUAACUUCCAGGAUCAAAAUGAUAAUGCAGAUGCCAAUGGAACAUCGUUUCGUCCCUUUUGUCCAACUCGGUUUAUUAUGCGCAAGAUAUCAAUCAUAUCCAUCACUAGUAAUUAUUCUUCCCUCAUUGAAUGGCUACAAGACCUUGAAACAAAUGAAGAUUUCGUCAAAUGUAAAGCCGAAGCUGCAGGAUUUUUAGCAUCGUUCCAGAGAUUUGACACAUCUUUUAAACUCGAAAUGCUGCGACAAAUUUUUACAACGUUGGAGGAUGCAAACACCCAGUUACAAGGAGCCCAGUUAAAUUUCCAGCGAGCAGAAGCCGUUAUUGAAGCAUUGAAAAAGGUUUUCAUAGAUGCUAGAUCCGAAGAACGUUUUGAUGUCCUGUGGACGUCGGCUGAAGCUUCAGCAAAAUUUUAUGAUUUGGAUGAGCCGGAAUUGCCCCGUCAAAGAAGACCUCCGGCGAGACGCACUGGAUCGGCAGCAGCUUAUUUCCCCUCUACGCCGAAAGAAAUGUAUCGCAAGAUUUACUUCGCUGCUUACGACGGAGUCAUUGUUGGGCUUUCGGACCGUUUCGAACCAAGUUCGACUACGACUCAUUUGAAGAAAGUUGAAGAAUUUCUCAUUGGGAAAACUGGAGUUGAAUAUUUAGAGGAAUUCUAUCAGAAUGAUUUUGAAGAUUAUCAGCGACUCCUACUUCAUCGAAAUAUUGCACUGGAUGCAGCCAAGAGUGAAAAAAAGAGAUUAAAGAUUUUCAGGACUUUCUCGACUUCCUCAAGAUGGAUCAUCAUAUGGGGUAUUCGCUCUUUAGCAUCCGAAGUUGUCAAGCUAGUCAAGAUCGUUCUUACUAUGGCAGUCACGACUUGCACCGCUGAGCGUUCAUAUUCCGGUUUAAGGCGACUCAAAAGUUACCUACGCUCAACAAUGACUCAGAAAAGAUUGAACGCCGUCGCUCUACUAAACACUCACCGUGAUAUCGUUAAAACUUUUGAUUUGGACGUGCGUUUAGAUAAUUUCAUUGCCAAAGUUCACUUGCGUAUGCGAACAUUUUCUAUGUCAAAUGCCACAAACGGCAAGUCAAAUGUAAAGCCAAUUGACUCUUAGGAAUUAAUGAUUUUGUUAAGCUUAAGCAGGUGCAAUAUUCAAUAUUAUUUAUUAAUCCAGUUAUCUAAAAUCCAGAACACUUCAUUCCUUGAAUCCUUGUCCUCCUCCUUAUGAAUCAAUGCACCAUGCGCUUGUUGUUUCAAUACAGUUUCACUUUCAACAGUU